AUGCAAGAUGACGUUUCAUUAGCGCCGGCGGAUCCCGAAGCGGCGGGCCGGGAGCGGCCGAACGAGCAUACUUCGACCUCCGACCAUUUCUCAAUCUCUGCAAAACAGACUCGCGACCAAGAAUGUAUGGAUGGCGGUAAAGACGAGCAGAUCACUCACCCGAAGACGGCAGUGAAUAAUGGCGACAACUUCCAAUUCAAAGGCGCAGCAUCUCGUUUGAAGUCCAGUGGCGACGAGCAGCAGCAGCAGCAGCAGCAUGGCACACGAGAGACUUGCAGCAUCUGCCUUGAGGCUAUCACCGAGCGGGCGGUAGCAGUGCCUUGCAACCACUUGACGUUUGACUUCAUCUGCCUGGUCUCCUGGCUACAGGAGAGAUCACACUGCCCGCUAUGCAACGCAGCGAUCACGGAAGUCCAAUACGACUUUAGGGGCCCAGAAGAUUUUAAGCGCUAUCGAAUAUCUACACCGGAGCCGAAGAAAGGCAAUGAAAGCACUUUCGAACGAUCUCGCCGAAGACGGGGUCAAGACUUCAUCAGUAGGCGCUCCCAACGAUGGUUCCCGCAGAGUGAGCAGGCCGGCUCAAGUGGCGAUGAUCCAGCGCUGGAGAGGCGGAGAAGGGUGUAUCGGGAUCGGAUGUUCUCCCUGCACGUGGGCGCGAAUAGAAUCUCGCAGUAUAGAGACUUCACGCCACAGGAUUUUGCCGCCUCGCGUGAGCUUCAAAGCCGGACGCGGAUGUUCUUGCGGCGGGAGCUGAGGGUCUUUACCUUCCUGGACACAGCUUCUGCGCCGCGAGGUGGGAAUAGGGAGUUCCUGCUUGAGUAUGUUGUGGCUGUUCUCAAAUCGAACGAGCCAAAAGGCGCAGAUGGACAUGCAGAAGACUUAUUGGCGGAUUACCUUGGCCGAGAGAACGUGCGGCUGCUAUUGCAUGAGCUGGAGGCAUGGUUGAGAAGUUCUUUCACGACAUUGAGUGACUGGGAUCAACAAGUGCAGUAUGCUGGAGAAGUAGGAAACGGAACAGAGGUGAAGCGUGGAGUGGUUUGA